AUGGCAAGCUACGAUAACGGCUUCGACCGAAUCCCAUCCUUUGCUUAUACUCAUUCAAAACUGCCGAUCAUCGACACAAAACUAGAAGACCUCAUCCUGAAGGCGAUCGAUUUCAUUGAACGACCCCUCGACGAUCCUGUCAAAAUGCCCCUGAAUCCAUCUGCCAGUCUUCUCAAAAGUCUCAAACUUCUUUCGAAGAAUCCCAGGAGUUUUUAUGACAAGGGCGAUUCUGACUUGGAAAAAGGAGAUUUGUGGGCGACUUUGUCCAACAACGGGAACAACCAGAGCUAUCACGCGCUUCUCGACUUCGACAAGAAGAUCAGACCAGUCAAUUCGAUUCAUUUGAAUAUCACGAAUGGCAGGAUUGAGGCUCAUCCUGACUCAGCCAGGAUUUUUCCCUACAAACGAUCAGAUGCUAUGUUUCCAACAACAGUAGCAAACGCCAUGUUUCGCGCUUCAACAGUAGGCUACAACUACAUCAUGGAAAACAUCACCCGCGCGAUCAAUGAAAUCUACAAAGAAAUUCUCUACGACGAGGAGAAAAUUAUGCAAGGAAUGAAACCUCUCGCUUCGCCUUGGAAAAAUCCCUACCACGCUGCUUUCGUUAAUGUGAUUGGAGACGAUGCGGAAGUGAUUUCUCUAACCCUAACUGUCGGAACAAGAAAAAAUGGAAAUUGCCAGAACAUCAACGGAUUGAUGAUUUGCUUCUCUAGCUAUGGAAAGCCGCUCGUUGCUGAUUCUAUUUUCCCUUCUCCGAUUAUUUUUAGACCAAACUGUGGCGUUUGUGGGCGGUAUACUUCUCUUUCUGGAACUCCUGAUGCGAUAGUCAAUUCUGGAUCUGAGCUUCUCAAGCACUCUGGCUUGUUUUUCGGCGAGUUCUCUGAGCGAGUCACAAUCGGCAGCGCCGGAAAAGUCCUCGUUGAAGGGGGAAUGCCGAAGCAAUUUCCGGAAAUGUUCGCGACGCUGAAAACGCAUGGCGCCGUGCAUUUGGAAACGAUGCCUGAUCAUCGGCCGAUCGGAUUCGCCACUAUUGCUGCGUGGGACAACGACUACAUUCACGGCAUUUCUGACAGACGUGUGGAAGAUGCAUGGCCGGCCUAUAUAAUGGAAUGGUCCAUCGUCAUUUACCAGCUUAUUAUUUCCGCCCAUGUCUUCAUCGCGCCUUUCACAAAAGUAGAAGAGUCCUUUUAUCUCCAAGCCGCGCAUGAUUUCAUUUACGAAGACUCGAUUGAUUCUUUCGACCAUCGAAAGUUUCCCGGCGUCGUUCCAAGAACAGCUGCGCCAAUUUUCAUUCUUUCCUCGAUCAUCCGCCCAAUGAAGUUCUUUCUCGACAAGCCGUCAAUGCAGAUUCUACUGCGACUUCUCCUUGGCCUGUGUACCUCUUUUUCCCUUUCGAAAAUCACCAAAAUCAUCCGAAAAAGAACGCUACCGAACUCAAUUUCGCUACCCAUCGUUCUCUACGCAUUUUCCUGCUGGCCACUUGGGAAUGAGCUGGCCAAGUUCAUCGCUCUUUCCGCUUUUUCUAUUCUGACAAUUCGAUGCGAACUUGCUUUGCUCAUGGGAUCAUUCUUGAUAAUGGGACUUUUGACAAGAGAAAUUUCGAUUGGACGACUCCUUGUUGUUGGCACUUUUUCAACGAUUGUUUCUUUAGCUACCACAGUCCCUUUUGACUCAUGGUUCUGGGGCGAGUGGAUUUGGCCAGAAGGACAAGUCUUUAUUUUCAACGCGAUCGAAGGGAAAAGUUCUGCCUGGGGAGUGAUGCCUUUCCUCUGGUACUUCAAAUCUGCACUGCCAAGAGCUUGUCUCACGUCCCUUCUUUUCAUCCCUUUUGGAUUCCUCCAGCGACCUGGGCACUGCGGACAUGCCUUUGAAAAGCUGCACAACAAUGUUCCUUGUCAAUUCGACGUGAAUGUUCAUUUAACAAAUUUAGCGCUUCAGUCUGGUGUCUCCAGAUUUGGCCAACUUUGCGAGAAUUGGCAAUAUGACAAGUCGGAAGAUUUAUCAAACGAGGAAAUUAUGCGAAGAAAUUUCACUCAUCUAAUAAUGGAAAACAACGAGGAAACCGUCAUGGCGUUUACUGAGAGCUACAGAAAUAUUGGCGUCGUUGCUCAAUACAGUCACAUACGAAUAGAGCCGCUGCCACCCGCAAUACAGUUCAAAGAAGCACUAGUUAUUCUUGAGAGAAGAGACUUUGUAGAUCAAAUACCUAAGGACCAAGUUUACGAAAAUAAUUGGAUCCGCGAGGAUCUCUAA